AUGGCCGACACAGGCAAAGGAAGCUCAGGCGCUAGCUGCAACGAUCUCUGUGGCUGCCCUGCUCCGUGUCCCGGUGGCGAAUCCUGCAGGAUGAGCGAAGCAUCUGGUGGGGAUCAAGUACACAACAUGUGCCCGUGUGGGGAGCACUGCAGCUGCAACCCUUGCACCUGCUCCAAGAACCAGACAUCCGCCAAGGGCAAGGCCUUGUGCACUUGUGGUGAGGGCUGCACCUGCGCCACUUGCGCUGCUUAG